CGACAGGGCGGAUAACAAAGGUUUGUUUGAUACAGGCGCGGCAGUGUGUAACUCCAUUUUUGCAUAGCAUUUAUAAAUGCAUAAAGUUACUUAUCUGCCUUAGGUAUGUACCUGCAUAGCCCCACAAAUGUAUGCCACACAGUAUGGAUUACAAUACGGUUAGCAACUCAUUUUUAUUUCUCCAGUAUCAGUCAAGCUUAAAGCUCACCGAGGAUUUUCGCCUUGAAGCUCUACAGAAUUUACAUUUACAUAGAAAGUCAAGACUGGGAUGGGUCGAUAACAAGACUCGAAUAAGAUAUAUUCCGUUUACCACCAAAUAAAGCCUUGUGCUCGGCAAAUAUGUCGCGUGCCUCAAAACUCACCCUGGCGGGCACCUCGCUGUUUGCUGUUGGGACAGUCAUCAUGGUGCAUUUCCAACAGAAGAUGGAGAAAGAGGCCAUGCAUCAAGGUGUUUUACGCGACAUGGAGCAGCAGCGGAUCAAAAAGGAGCGCCAGCUUGAUUUUGACAUGCAAAAGGCGUUAGAGGAGGAGUAUAAAAAGGGUCAAACUGUCCGAAGCACUACAGACGACGCACAGGCCAAACCAUUACCAGAUCGGUAGCAUGCGCUUGUAUGUGUGUAUGUGGCCAGGCCACUGCCACUGCCACUAUAUCCCUUUUAAUGUGGCUUCGCCCAGACUCUAGGGGUAUAACGUUUCCUAAAAUUGUUGCUCUACUAGGCGAAGAUCUUUUCAAUGUCCUUGAUAUCAAUGCCAAUACCCCCCUCUCUAACUUGAGGAGUCAAUUUGCUACUCUGCCCACCCCCAACUUAUUCCUGGGUAUAUAAAGUAACAAUAU